CACCCAAGUCUUUCUUGCAGCAUUCCUGCUGCUUCGGCCUGUCUGCUAAAAGUGACCGGGGCUACUACAGUGUUGCCAGGCAACGAGGGACAGCGGUCCUGUGAAGAGCCAUUUGUCACACUGAGGGGACUGGUUGAAAUGCAAUAAAGAAAUGACACCAGCUGCUACUCAUGUCUUCGCCAUUGCUAAGAACGUCUUUGGUAUUACCGCGGUGUGAAAACAUGUCUGCAGUUUCCCGAAAAUGGAGCAUCUCAACGUUACUUAAAGCACCCUGCUUUAAGUGUUGCUGGCGAGCGGCGUUGGCCUUAUGAUUUAUUUAGGAACGCUUUAUCAGGAGGAGAAUGCUCUUUUGUAAACAUGAAUUGCCUGGCUUUUUCUCUAGGCUUCCGCCUCUGUUUUCACUUCAUUGAAACAUUGAUCUUCGCCUAUUUUGCUUCCGUAUGGUUGGCCGACUCACAGGGUCUUUUCCCAAGGCUGGAGAAUGUGGGGGCUUUCAAGAAUGUUUCUGUCGUGCCAACCCAAGCGACGUGUGGACUCCCAGCCCGAACCACUUUUUGUCACAGCUCUGCGGCUGCUGCAAGGGUUCAGUUUUGCACCCAGCGGCUCUGCAUCCAGGAUUGCCCAUACAGAUCUUCACCUCCUGCCUACACUGCACUUUUUUCUGAAGGCCUCAGGAACUGCAUCACAGUAGACAAGCGUGAUCUGCGUCCCAACUCCCGUAGCAAUUCCACAAGUUUAAUUUUCGGAAAUAGCAAGAAUUGCUCUUCUUCUCCUCCCUCUCAGAGGCUGUCGGCAUCAUUUACUUUAGCUGUGUGGUUGAAACCUGAGCAGGAAGGUGUAAUGUGCCUUAUAGAAAAGACAGUGGAUGGGCAGAUUGUGUUCAAACUCACAAUAUCUGAGAAAGAGACCAUGUUUUAUUAUCGCACAGUAAAUGGUUUGCAGCCUCCAAUAAAAGUAAUGACACUGGGGAGAAUUCUUGUGAAGAAAUGGAUUCAUCUUAGUGUGCAGGUACAUCAGACAAAAAUCAGCUUCUUCAUCAAUGGUUUGGAGGAAGAUCAUACAGCUUUUGAUGCAAGAACUCUAAGUGGUUCAAUUACAGAUUUUGACUCUGGUACUAUGCAAAUAGGACAGAGUUUAAAUGGUUUAGAGCAAUUUGUUGGGAGAAUGCAAGAUUUUAGAUUAUACCAAGUGGCACUUACAAACAGAGAGAUUCUGGAAGUUUUUUCUGGUGAUCUGCUCAGACUGCAUAUCCAGGCACAUUGCCGCUGUCCCGGAAGCCACCCUCGGGUCCACCCCUUGGCACAGCGGUUCUGCAUUCCUAAUGAUGCAGAAGACACAACCAAUAAUAGGGUGUUACGGCUGAAUCCUGACGCCCAUCCUCUUUCCUUUAUCAAUGAUAAUGAUGUUGGUACUUCGUGGAUCUCACAUGUGUUUACAAAUGUUACCCAGCUUAAUCAAGGAGUGACUAUUUCCAUAGAUCUGGAAAAUGGACAAUAUCAGAUAUUUUAUAUUAUCAUUCAGUUCUUUAGUCCACAACCAACAGCAAUAAGGAUUCAAAGGAAGAAGGAGGGCCGCUUAGAUUGGGAGGACUGGCAAUAUUUUGCUAGAAAUUGCAGUACUUUUGGAAUGAAAAACAAUGGCCACUUGGAAAAUCCUGAUUCUGUCAACUGUCUUCAGCUUUCCAAUUUCACUCCAUAUUCCCGUGGUAAUGUCACAUUUAGCAUCCUAAAACCAGGUCCAAAUCAUCGUCCCAGAUACAAUGACUUCUAUAAUACCCCAUCUCUUCAAGAAUUUGUAAAAGCCACGCAAGUAAGACUUCAUUUCCACAGACAGUACUAUACAACUGAGACUCCUGUCAGCUCCGGGCACAGAUACUAUGCAGUUGGUGAAAUCACCGUCAGUGGAAGAUGUCAGUGCUACGGCCAUGCGCUUAGCUGUGACUCAGCAAGUCAGCCUUACCGAUGCCUCUGCUCCCAGGAAAGCUUCACUGACGGCCUUCAUUGUGAUCGCUGCUUGCCUCUUUAUAAUGACAAGCCUUUCCGCCAAGGUGAUCAAGUUCAUGCUUUCAAUUGUAAACCUUGUCGAUGCAACAGCCAUUCCAGAAGCUGCCACUACAACAUCUCAGUGGACCCAUUUCCAUUUGAGCACCACAGAGGGGGUGGAGGAGUUUGUGACGACUGUGACCAUAACACUACAGGAAGGAACUGUGAGCUGUGUAAGGAUUACUUUUUCCGACAAGUUGGUGCAGAUCCUUCAGCCAAAGAUGUUUGCAAACCCUGUGAUUGUGAUAAAGUCGGCACUAGAAACAGUGGCCUCCUUUGUGAUGAGAUUGGAGGCCAGUGUAAUUGUAAGAGACAUGUGUCUGGCAGACAGUGCAAUCAGUGCCAGAAUGGAUUCUACAAUCUACAAGAGCUGGAUCCUGAUGGCUGCAGUCCUUGCAACUGCAAUACCUCUGGGACAGUGAAUGGAGAUAUUACCUGUCACCCAGAUUCAGGCCAGUGCAAGUGCAAAGCUAACGUUAUUGGGCUUAGAUGCAAUCAUUGCAGUUUUGGAUUUAAAUUUCUCCGAAGUUUUAAUGUUAACGGAUGUGAGCCCUGCUUGUGUAACCUCCACGGCUCAGUGAACAAACUCUGCAAUCCUCUCUCUGGGCAGUGUGAGUGCAAAAAAGAAGCCAAAGGACUUCAUUGUGACACCUGCAGAGAACACUUUUACGGGCUGGACAUCACUGGUUGCAAGGCCUGCGACUGCAGCACAGCUGGGUCCCUCUCUGGGACCGUCUGCGAUGCCUGGACAGGGCAGUGUGUCUGUAAACCCCGUGUUGGAGGGAGACAGUGCAACGAAUGUUUGGAGGGGUACUUCUACCUCCGGCAAAAUAAAUCUUUUCUCUGUCUGCCUUGUAACUGUGAUAAGACUGGGACAGUAAAUGGCUCUCUGCUGUGUGACCAAUCAACAGGACAAUGUCCUUGCAAAUUAGGAGUAACAGGUCUUCACUGUAAUCAGUGUGAGCCUCACAGGUACAAUUUGACCACUGGCAAUUUUCAAGGCUGCCAGAUGUGUGAGUGUGACUCCUUGGGGACAUUCCCUGGGACCAUUUGUGACCCAAUCAGUGGCCAGUGCCUAUGUUUGCCUAAUCGUCAAGGGAGAAGGUGUCAUCAGUGUCAACCAGGUUUUUAUACUUCCCCAGGCAAUGCCACUGGCUGCCUGCCAUGUUCGUGUCAUGCAACUGGGGCAGUGAAUCACAUCUGUAAUAGCCUCACUGGUCAGUGUGUUUGCCAAGAUGCCUCCAUCACUGGUCAAAGUUGUGAUCAUUGUGAAGAUCUGUACUUUGGAUUUGAUCCUCAGACUGGAAGAUGUCAGCCUUGCAAUUGUCAUGUCUCAGGAGCCCUGAAUGAAACCUGCCACUUGGUCACAGGCCAGUGUUUCUGCAAACGAUUUGUCACUGGCUCCAAGUGUGACGUUUGCGUUCCCGGUGGAAGCCAUUUGGAUGUCAACAAUCUCUUGGGCUGCAGCAAAACACCAUCCCAGCAACCUCCACCCAGAGGACAAGUUCAAAGUUGUUCUGCUAUCAAUCUCUCCUGGAGUCCACCUGAUUCUCCAAAUGCCCACUGGCUGACUUACAGUUUGUUCAGGGAUGGUUUUGAAAUCUACACAACUGAAGAUCAAUACCCAUACAAUACUCAGUACUUCUCAGACAUGGCCCUGUCACCAUAUACCUCAAAUUCCUAUUAUAUCGAGAGUACUAAUGUGCAUGGUUCAACAAGGAGUGUGGCUGUCAUUUACAGGACUAAACCAGGGGUCCCAGAGGGAAACUUGAACUUAAGUUAUAUCAUUCCUAUUAGCCCAGACUUUGUGAGACUUACUUGGAGUGCACCUUCAAAUCGUUCUGGUCCUAUAGAGAAAUAUAUUUUGUCCUGUGCCCCUUUACAUGGCAUCCAGCCGUGUGCAACCUACGAAGGCCAUGAAACCUCAGCUACCAUCUGGAAUCUGGUUCCAUUCACUGAGUACCAUUUUUCUGUACAGGCAUGUACUAGUGGGGGCUGCUUACACAGCUCGCCCCUUACAGUGACCACAGCCCAGGCCCCACCGCGAAGUCUGGGCCCACCCAAGGUGCGGAAGAUCAGUUCCACAGAGCUCCAUGUAGAAUGGUCUCCACCAAUGGAACCCAAUGGAAUUAUUAUAAGAUAUGAACUAUAUAUGAGGCAACUGAAAUAUAACGGAGAAACCGUGUCAGGAGAAAGUCAAGUUUUUCAGAGCGGUGGCUGGCUCAGUCCUCACGCAUUUGCAGAAUUGGCCAAUGAAAAUGCGUUUAAACCUCCUCAAACCACCACAACCAUCACUGGCCUGGAGCCUUAUACCAAGUAUGAGUUUAGAGUCUUAGCUGUGAAUGUGGCUGGCAGUGUGUCUUCUGCCUGGACUUCAGAAAGAACGGGAGAAUCAGCACCUGUAUUCAUGGUCCCUCCUUCAGUCUUUGCCCUCUCACCUUACGCUCUCAAUGUUUCCUGGGAGAAGCCAGCAGACAAUGUUACACGAGGAAAUGUUGUGUGCUAUAACAUCAACAUGAUUUCUGAACAAUCGCCUCAACAAUCUAUUCCAGUGGUGUUUUCACAGGUGUUAUACACUGCUAAAUCCCAAGAAUUGUCUUAUAUUGUAAAAGGACUAAAACCUUAUAGGAUAUACAACUUUACUAUUUCCCUCUGCAAUUCAGUUGGUUGUGUAACCAGUGCUUCAGGAGCAGGACAGACGUUAGCAGCCGCACCAGCCCAGCUGAGGCCUCCUGUAGUUGAAGGAAUCAACAGCACAACCAUCCUUCUUAGGUGGCUUGUACCUGAGGACCUGAACGGACCCUCUCCUAUUUAUCAGCUGGAAAGGAGAGAGGCAUCUCUGCUGGCUCCAAGCGCCAUGAUGGUGAAAGGAAUUCGUUUCACAGGGAAUGGAUAUUACAGAUUUCCCAGCUCUGCUCACCCAGUCAAUACAGACUUUACCGGCAUUAGGGCCAGCUUUCGAACAAGAGUGCCUGAAGGUUUGAUUGUCUUUGCGGCAUCACCUGGCAGUCAGGAAGAGUAUUUUGCACUUCAGUUGAAGAAUGGACGUCCUUAUUUUCUCUUCGAUCCUCAGGGGUCUUCAGUGGAAGUUACCACAACCAAUGAUGAUGAUAAAAGAUAUAGCGACGGUGAAUGGCAUGAAAUAAUUGCUAUCAGGCAUCAGGCUUUCGGCCAAAUCACGCUUGAUGGGCAGUUCACAGGUUCCUCAGCCGCCCUGAAUGGCAGCACAAUCAUUGGCGAGAGCACAGGGGUGUUUGUGGGAGGGCUGCCCCAGGGAUAUUCCAUCCUCAGGAAGGAUCCCGAUAUAAUCCAAAAGGGUUUUGUGGGCUGUCUCAAGGAUGUGUAUUUUAUGAAGCAUUACAAUCCCUUUGUUAUUUGGGAACCUCUGGUUUGGCAGAGCUCUGAAGAGCAAAUCAACGUGUAUAACAACUGGGAGGGAUGUCCCAGUUCAUUACAAGAGGGAGUCCAGUUCCUAGGAACAGGGUUCCUGGAACUUGCUCCAUAUGUGUUUCAUGGUGGAAUGGACUUUGAGAUUUCCCUUACAUUCAGAACUGACCGAUUGAAUGGGUUGCUGCUUUUCAUUUACAACAAAGAUGGACCUGAUUUUCUUGCUAUGGAACUGAAGAGUGGAAUAUUGAGCUUCCGGUUAAAUACCAACCUUACUUUCACACAAGUGGAUCUUUGGCUGGGUCUGUCCUAUUGUGAUGGAAAAUGGAAUAAAGUGAUUAUUAAAAAGGAGAAUUCCGUCCUAUCAGCCAGCAUGAAUGAACUGAUGGAGCGUGUGUCAGAGCCCAGAGCCCAGCUAUUGAUGGUGAAUUCCCCUGUGUAUGUGGGAGGAGCCCCGCAGAGGCUGCGGGAUUCUUAUAAACACCUGAGUUUGGAACAAGGUUUCGGUGGUUGCAUGAAGGAUGUUACAUUUGCACGGGGUGCUGUCGUUAACGUGGCAUCUGUGUCCAGCAGCGCUGUCAGAGUCAAUCUGGAUGGAUGCCUAUCAACUGACAGUGCUGUUAACUGCAGGGGAAAUGACUCCAUCCUGGUGUACCAGGGAAAGGGGCAGAGUGUUUACGAGACUGGGCUCCAGCCUUUUACAGAAUACCUGUAUCGUGUGAUAGGCUCCCAUGAAGGAGGCUCUGUAUAUAGUGAUUGGAGCCGGGGACGAACAACAGCAGCAGCUCCACAAAGUGUGCCAACUCCCUCAAGAGUUCACAGCAUAAAUGGAUAUAGCCUCGAGGUGACUUGGGAUGAACCUGUUGUGGUUAGAGGCGUAAUAGAGAAGUACAUUCUGCGAGCCUACAGUGAGGAUGACCCUGGAGCACCCCGCAUGCCCUCUGCCAGUUCAGAGUUGGCCAAUGUCAACACCUUCACAGGCAUAUUGACAGGCUUACUACCUUUCAAAAACUAUGCAGUAACCCUAACUGCUUGCACUUUGGCUGGCUGUACUGAGAGCCCACAUGCAUUGAACAUCUCUACUCCACAAGAAGUGCCACAAGAGGUUCAGCCUCCAGUAGCCAAAUCCCUUCCCAAUUCUUUGUCACUCUCCUGGAAUCUACCCAGAAAAGCAAAUGGUAUUAUAACUCAGUACUCUUUAUAUAUGGAUGGGAUGUUGAUCUAUUCAGGCAAUGGAAAUAACUACACAGCCACAGAUUUAGCGGUGUUUACACCCCACCAACUUGUACUCAGUGCUUGCACACAUGUGGGAUGUACAAACAGUUCUCCAGUGAUACUGUACACUUCACAGCUGCCACCAGAACAUGUGGAUUCUCCGAUUUUGACCAUCCUGGAUUCUAGAACUGUAUAUGUACAGUGGAAACAACCAAGAAAAGUAAACGGAAUUCUGGAGCGCUAUCUAUUAUAUAUUUCAAAUCACACGCCUGAAUUUGCCAUUUGGGAUGUCAUCUAUAACAGUUCAGAACUUUUCCAGGAUCACGUGCUACGAGACCUAUUCCCUGGUAACAAAUACCUUAUCAAGCUGGGAGCUUGCACGAGGGGUGGGUGCACCGUGAGUGCGGCCAGCGAGGCCUGGACUGAUGAGAAUGUCCCCAAAGGCGUGCCAGCCGCCGACGCGCACUCAUACUCACCUCACUCCUUUAACAUCUCCUGGACUGAGCCCGAAUAUCCGAAUGGUGUUAUCACAAGUUAUGGACUCUAUCUAGAUGGUAUAUUAAUCCACAAUUCCUCAGAGCUCAGCUGCCAUGCUUCUGGACUUGCACCUUGGAGCCUACAUUCCUUCAGAGUCCAAGCAUGCACGGCCAAAGGUUGUGCUCUGGGCCCGCUGGUGGAAAAUCGAACUCUAGAAGCGCCUCCUAAAGGAACGGUAAAUGCUUUUGUCCAAACAGACGGCUCCCGGAAAGCCCAUGUGAGGUGGACAGCACCUUUUCAACCAAAUGGACAUUUAACAUACUCAAUCCUUUUUACUGGGAUUUUCUAUGCAGAUCAAGCUGGAGACCACCUUCUAAUAUUAAAAUAACCUCAAUUUAUUUAUUUAGGAGAAAAGACUUAUUUAACUUAUCUGAAAAUAUUACCUUUCCUGAACUUUUAACUCUCCAGUGAUACGAGUUCAUCUUCUGGCAGUGCCACUUCAAAGCCUGUUCUCCUGACAGCUCCCCCAGGAGCUCCAGAUGGCGUGCUGCCUCCGAGGCUUUCAUCUGCCACUCCAACCAGUCUCCGCGUUGUCUGGUCCACACCAGCUCGGAACAACGCCCCUGGCUCCCCUAGAUACCAGCUCCAGAUGAGGCCCGGCCCCUCCACCCAUGGAUUUUUAGAGUUAUUUUCCAGUCCUUCUGCAUCGUUAAGCUAUGAAGUGAGAGAUCUCCAACCGUACACAGAGUAUGAGCUUCGCUUGGUUGCCUCCAAUGGAUUUGACAGUGCACAGAGUUCUUGGAUUCUAUUCAUGACCACAGAGGACAAACCUGGACCGGUGGACCCUCCAAUUCUUCUGGACGUGAAGUCAAGAAUGAUGCUGGUCACCUGGCAGCAUCCUUUAAGGAGCAAUGGGGUCAUUACCCAUUACAACAUUUACCAACAUGGCCAUCUCUCCCUGAAAACUUCUGGAAACAUCACUAACUGCACUGUGAACCGUUUACAACCCUAUACGGACUAUACGUUUCAGGUAGAGGCCUGUACUUCGAAAGGGUGUUCCCUCUCACCAGAGUCCCAGACUGUGUGGACGCUCCCAGAUGCACCAGAAGGCAUCCCAAGUCCAGAGUUGUUCUCAGAUACCCCAACAUCUGUGAUUAUAUCUUGGCAACCUCCCACUCAUCCCAAUGGCUUGGUGGAGAACUUCACAAUUGAGAGAAGAGCCCAAGGGAAGAAAGAAGUGACUACCCUGGCAGCUCUCCCAAGAAGUCAUUCCAUGCGGUUUAUUGACAAGACUUCUGCUCUCAGCCCGUGGACAAAGUAUGAAUAUCGGGUACUGGUGAGCACUGUUAACGGAGGUACAAACAGCAGUGCUUGGGGACAAGUGACCACAAGACCCUCACGACCUGUGGGGGUACAGCCGCCCAUGGUGCAUAUGCUAGGACCCCGUGAAGCCAAGGUUACUUGGAAACCUCCCCUCAUCCAGAAUGGAGACCUGCUUAGCUAUGAGAUCCGCAUGCCAGACCCUCACAUCAUGAUAACCAAUGUUUCUUCCUCAGUGUUAAAUCAAGAAAUCACUAAUCUGAUUCCUUUCACAAAUUAUUCUGUCACCAUUGUGGCUUGCUCAGGGGGUAACGGGUAUCUAGGGGGAUGCACAGAGAGUUUACCUACCAAUGUUACCACCCACCCCACCCUACCUCAGGAUGUUAGCCCAUUGUCAGUGAUUCCAGUAAGCGAAUCGUAUGUUGGGAUUUCUUGGCAGCCACCAUCCAAGCCAAAUGGACCCAAUUUGAGAUAUGAGCUUCUAAGACGUAAAAUCCAGCAACCACUUGAAUCAAAUCCCCCAGAAGAUUUAAAUCUGUGGUACAAUAUUUAUUCAGGAACUCAGUGGUUUUAUGAAGAUAAGGGUCUUAGCAGGUUUACAACAUAUGAGUAUAAGGUCCUUGUACACAACAGUGUGGGUUUUACACCCAGCCGAGGAGCGACUGUGACAACUUUAGCUGGUCUUCCAGAGAGAGGAGCCAAUUUCACUGCCAUUGUCCUUAACCACACGGCCAUAGACGUGAGAUGGGUGAAACCAACUUUCCAAGACCUACAAGGUGACGUUGACUAUUACACACUUUUUUGGAGUUCUGCUACCUCAAAUGAAUCUCUAAAAAUCCUCCCAGAUGUACACUCUUAUGUCAUUGGCCACUUAAAUGCAAACACAGAGUAUUGGAUUUCUCUCUCUGUCUUCAAUGGAGUCCACAGCAUCCACAGUGAAGUACUGCAGGCAACCACUUGCGAUGAGGAGCCUCAGGGCAUGCUUCCUGCAGAGGUUGUCAUCAUCAACAGUACAGCUGUACGUGUCAUCUGGACAUCUCCUUCAGAUCCAAAUGGUGUCAUCACCAAAUAUUCUGUCUAUGUAAAUAAUAAGCUCUACAAGACUGGAACGAAUGUGCCUGAGUCUUUGGUUCUGAGAGAUCUGUCUCCCUUCACAAUCUAUAACAUUCAGGUUGAAGUCUGCACAAAAUAUGCCUGUGUGAAAAGCAAUGGAACCCAAAUCACCACCAUGGAAGGUACUCCAAGUGACAUACCAACACCCACAAUUCAUGGCAUCACUUCAAGAUCCCUUCAAAUUGAUUGGAUGCCCCCAGGGAAGCCAAAUGGCAUCAUUCUCGGAUAUGAUCUUUUACGGAAAACAUGGCAUUCAUGCCCUAAAACCCAAAAGUUAAUGAAGAAACACAGUGGUGUAUUCUGCAAGGCUGUGAAGUGUCAAAAACCUGAAACUAUCUGUGGCCACAGGUGCUAUUCUCCUGAAGCUAAGAAAGUGGAAAGGGAGAAAGAGAAGAAAGGCGCAGGUUUGGAUGUCCACAGAAAGCUGAAAGCUCUGAGAUACCUAGUUGAAGGUGAAGUAUGCUGUCCAGAUGAACAGCACAAUCGGGUUUCCACUGGCAUUGGCGAUUCCUGCUGUGGCAGAAUGCCUUACUCCACCUCAGGAAACCAGAUUUGCUGUGCUGGGAGGCUUCAUGAUGGCCAUGGCCAGCAGUGCUGCGGAGGACAGAUUGUAAGCAAAGAUUUAGAGUGCUGUGGUGGAGCAGAAAAGGGUGUUGUGUACAGCCGCCUUGCAGGGAUGUUCUGUUGUGGGCAGGAUUAUGUGAAUAUGUCAGAUACCAUAUGCUGCUCAGCUUCCAGUGGAGAGUCUAAAGCACAUGUUAAAAAGAAUGACCCAGCGCCAGUAAAAUGCUGUGAGACUGAACUUAUUCCAAAGAGCCAGAAAUGCUGUAAUGGAGUUGGAUAUAAUCCUUUGAAAUAUGUUUGCUCUGACAAGAUUUCAACUGGAAUGAUGAUGAAGGAGACCAGAGAGUGUGAGACUCUCUGCCCAGCCUCUCUGGAAGCCACAGCACAUUGUGGCAGGUGUGACUUCGACUUUACCAGCCACAUUUGUACUGUGAUAAGGGGAUCCAACAAUUCCACCGAAAGGGAAUCAACCGAAGAAAUAUGCUCAUCUGCCGAAGAGACCGUGCAUAUAGGAAGCUUGAACACAUUCUCCUUCACAGAUGUGGACCUAGAACCGAACAUGACGUAUGAAUACAGAAUUUCUGCAUGGAAUAGCUAUGGGCGAGGUUUCAGCAAAGCUGUUAGAGCCUGUACAAAAGAAGAUGUGCCUCAAGGAGUGAGUCCUCCUAGGUGGACCACAAUGGAUAAUCUUGAAGAUGUAAUAGUCUUAAACUGGAAUAAACCUAUACAACCAAAUGGGCCUAUUAUUUACUACAUUCUUCUCCGAAAUGGAAUCAAGUGCUUUCAGGGAACAUCACUGAGCUUCUCUGAUACAAAGGGAAUUCAACCAUUUCAGGAAUAUUCAUACCAGCUGAAAGCUUGCACAGUUGCUGGCUGUUCUGCCAGCAGUAAGGUAGUUGCAGCUACAACCCAAGGAGUUCCGCAGAGCAUCUUGCCACCAAGAAUCACAGCCCCCAGUGCGGAGGCUCUGCAUUUGAGCUGGAGCAUCCCUGAGAAACCAAAUGGCGUCAUUAAAGAGUACCAGCUCAGGCAGGCUGGGAAAGGUCUCAUCUACACUGACACCACUGACAGGAGGCAACAUACGGUCACAGGUCUCCAGCCAUACACCAACUACAGCUUCACGCUUACAGCUUGUACAUCUGCUGGAUGCACUUCAAGUGAGCCUUUUCUAGGUCAGACACUGCAGGCAGCCCCUCAAGGAGUUUGGGUGACACCUCGACAUGUUAUCAUCAAUUCUACAACAGUGGAGUUAUAUUGGAAUCUGCCAGAAAAGCCCAAUGGCCUCAUUUCUCAGUAUCAAUUGAGUCGUAAUGGAAUCUUGGUUUUCCUCGGUGGCAGCGAAGAGCAGAAUUUCACUGAUAAAAACCUGGAGCCCAACAGCAGAUACAUUUAUAAGUUGGAAGCCACAACUGGCGGUGGUAGCAGUCUUAGUGAUUAUUACAUUGUACAAACACCUGUUCUGACGCCAGGAGAAAUCCAGCCUCCGUAUAAUAUCACAGUAACUGGUCCUUAUUCCAUAUUUGUAGCUUGGACCCCACCAGGGAUCCUCAUCCCCAAAAUGCCUGUGGAGUACAAUGUCUUACUCAAUGCUGGAAGUGUGGCAUCUCUGACCUCUUCUGCUGGUCAUCAUCAAUCUAUCCUUCUGGAAAAUUUGGCUCCAUUCACGCAGUAUGAGAUAAGGAUACAAGCAUGUCAAAAUGGAAGUUGUGGAGUUAGCAAUAGGAUGUUUGUCAAAACAUCUGAAGCAGCCCCAUUGGAUCUAAAUUCCCCUGUUCUUCAGGCACUGGGGCCAGCUUGCAUAGAGAUUAAAUGGAUGCCACCUAAAAAAACAAAUGGAAUCAUCAUCAACUACUCUAUUCACAGACGUCCUGCUGCAAUGGAAGAGGAGACCCUUUUGUUUGUCUGGUCAGAAGGAGCCCUUGAAUUUACUGAUGCUGCAGGCACUCUGAGGCCUUUCACACUCUACGAGUAUCGCAUCAGAGCCCAUAACUCCAGGGGCUCAGUGGACAGUCUGUGGACAUCAGCUCAGACCCUGGAAGCCCCACCUCAGGGUCUGCCGGCGCCCUGGGCUCAAGCCACCGGUGCUCAUUCAGUUCUGCUUAACUGGACAAAGCCAGUAUCGCCCAACGGCAUCAUCUCCCAGUACCACGUGGUCUACCAAGAGAGGCCUGAUGAUCCGACAUUUAACCUCUCUACUGUGCAUGCUUUCACAGUGAUGGGAACAAGCCAUCAAGCCCACCUGUUUGGUUUAGAACCAUUCACAAGGUAUCACAUUGGUGUUGUGGCCACAAACCAAGCAGGAGAAGUUUCAAGCCCCUGGACUCUAGUUCACACCCCAGAAUCUUCCCCAAGUGGACUGAGCAACUUCACAGUAGAACAGAAAGAGAAAGGCCGGGCAUUGUUACUACAGUGGUCAGAGCCAGUGAGAACCAAUGGUGUGAUCAAGACAUACAACGUCUUCAGUGACGGCGUCCGGGAGUACACAGGCUUGGGUCGCCGGUUUCUCUUCCGACGCCUGGAACCCUUCACUCUCUACACACUGGUCCUGGAGGCCUGCACCAGGGCAGGCUGCGCACACUCAGCGCCCCAGCCUCUGCGGACGGACGAAGCCCCUCCCCACUCUCAGUUGGCUCCUACAGUCCAGUCCGUGGGGUCCACCAGCGUUGAGCUGAGCUGGUCUGAGCCUGUUAACCCAAAUGGAAAGAUAAUUCGCUAUGAAGUGGUUCGCAGAUGCUUUGGGGGAAAAGCUUGGGGGAAUCAGACAAUCCAGGCCCAUGAGAAAAUUGUUUUCACAGAAUAUAACACUGAAAGGAAUACAUUUACGUAUAACGACACAGGUUUAUGGCCAUGGGCGCAGUGUGAAUACAAAGUCCUCUCUUGGAAUUCAGCAGGCCGUACCUGUAGUUCCUGGAAUAUGGUAAGGACGAGGCAGGCACCUCCAGAAGGCCUCUCUCCACCGGAGAUAGCCUGUGUGUCUAUGAAUCCGCCCAAACUGCUGAUUUCCUGGGUCCCACCAGAGGAGUCGAAUGGUGUCAUCCAGUCCUACAGGCUUCAAAGGAACGGCACGCCCUAUCCCUUCAGCUUCGAUGCUGUCACUCUCAGCUAUACCGACGCAGCCGUGCUUCCUUACUCCGCGUACAGUUACGCGGUCACAGCCUGCACCAGCGGAGGCUGCUCCACCAGCAAGCCCACAGACACCACAACUCCCGAGGCCCCUCCAGCCGGUGUCAGCCCCCCAGACCUUGGGGCCGUCAGUGCUACUCAAAUAAAUGUAUCCUGGUCACCACCAUCAAUUCCAAAUGGGAAGAUCACUAACUAUCUCCUUAGGUUUGAUGGGAAGGAGCACCUUGCUGGGCAGAGUCUGUGCCUGGCGGUUGCCCACCUGCAGCCUUAUACUCAGUAUAAUUUCUCCCUAGUGGCCUGCACGAGUGGAGGAUGUACAGCUAGUGCACCGAAAUCCGCGUGGACGAUGGAAGCCCCUCCCCAAAACAUGGACGCCCCAAAGCUGCAAGUCACAGGCUCAGAAUCCAUAGAAAUCACCUGGGAACCUCCAAGAACUCCAAAUGGUCAGAUCACAAGUUAUGAACUUAGGAGGGAUGGAAUCAUGAUAUAUGCUGGCCUGGAAACUCGCUAUCGUGAUUUCACUCUCACCCCAGGUGUGGAGUACGGCUACACGGUGACUGCCAACAACAGCCAAGGGGGUGUUUUGAGUCCACUUGUCAAAGAUAGAACCAGCCCCUCAGCACCUUCAGGAAUGGAACCCCCAAAACUGCAGGCCAGGGGCCCUCAGGAGAUCUUAGUGAACUGGGACUCUCCAGUGAGGACGAAUGGCGAUAUUGUCAACUAUACCCUCUUCAUCCGUGAGCUGUUUGAAAGAGAAACAAAAAUCCUGCACAUAAACACAACCCACAGUUCUUUUGGUAUGCAGACAUUCACCGUGAGCCAGCUGAAGCCCUUUCACAGGUAUGAAGCACGAAUUCAAGCCUGCACCUUGCUGGGAUGUGCAUCAAGUGACUGGACCACCACGCAGACCCCUGAGAUAGCACCCCUGAUGCAACCUCCUCCUCACCUAGAGGUGCAGAGGGCUCCGGGGGGACACCAGCCCACAGUUUCCCUUUCGUGGUCAGGACCGCUUCAGCCAAAUGGAAGAGUUUUAUAUUAUGAAUUGUACAGAAGACAAAUAGCAACCCAGCCUGGAAAAUCAAGUCCAGUGCUAAUUUAUAAUGGAAGCUCAAGCUCUUUUACAGAUUUCGAACUAUUGCCUUUCACAGCGUAUGACUAUCAGGUCUGGGCAAUGAAUUCAGCAGGAAAAGCCCCCAGCAGCUGGAAGCAGUGCAGAACGGGACCCGCCCCCCCAGAAGGUCUGAGCGCCCCCAGGUUCCACGCGGUCUCCUCCACCCAAGCCACGGUCAGCAUCAGCGCCCCUGGGAAGCCCAACGGGAUCAUCAGCCUCUAUAGGUUGUUCUCCAGCUCCCGUGGGGCCGAGACGGUGCUGUCUGAAGGCAUGGCCACCCGGCAGACUCUGCGUGGCCUGCAGCCCUUCACUGUGUACUCCAUUGGGGUAGAGGCCUGCACUUGUUUCAACUGCUGCAGCAAAGGGCCAACGGCAGAGCUGAGAACCCCUCCAGCUCCACCCUCGGGACUGUCCUCUCCCCAGAUUCAGACCCUGACCUCAAGGACAGCCUUCUUCCAGUGGAGCCCGCCCCUGUUCCCCAAUGGCGUCAUUCAGAGCUAUGAGCUCCAGCUCUCCGUGGCUUGCCCUCCUGACUCUGCCAUUCCCUGUACUCCUGGCCACGUGGAGACAAAGUACAUGGGGCCAGGGCAGAGGGCCAGCCUCGAGGGUCUCCAGCCUUACACCCGCUACGAGCUGAGAGUGAUAGCCCACAACGAGGUGGGCAGCACCGCUUCUGCGUGGAUCAGCUUCACCACUCAAACAGAAUUACCCCAGUUCCGUGCCCCGUUUUCGGUGGACAGCAAUUUGUCCAUGGUGUGUGUUAACUGGAGCAGCUCCUUCCUUCUGAACGGCCCCCUGAAGGAGUUCGUGGUCACUGAUGGAGGGCAGCGUGUGUACAGCGGCAUGGACACUGCCCUCUACAUACCAAGGACGGUGGACAAAACCUUUUUUUUCCAGGUCAUCUGCACUACAGAGGAAGGAAGUGUUAAGACACCUCUGAUCCAAUACGAUACCUCUACUGGAUUUGGCCUGGUGCUGACAACUCCUGGAGAAAAGAGGGGAUCUGGGAGCAAAAACACGGAAUUCUACUGCGAGUUAUGGUUCAUAGUGCUAAUGGCAAUUCUGGGCUUGAUCUUGCUGGCCGUUUUUCUGUCCCUGAUGUUACAAAGAAAAAUCCACAAAGAACCAUAUAUUAGAGAGAGACCUCCCUUAGUGCCUCUCCAGAAGCGGAUGUCUUCAUUGAGUGUCUACCCUCCGGGGGAUACCCAGAUGGGAUUAGCCGAUACCAAAAUCCCCCGGGCUGGGACUCCUGUGAGCAUUAGGAGCAGCCGGAGUAUGUCUGUGCUUCGGAUCCCGAGUCGGCGCCCAAUCAGCCAAGCUCAGUCCCACGGCUCUCUGCACCGCAGCGCCAGCCAACUCACAGGCAUUCAAGACAAGAAAGCCUCGACUGACGACUCCCUGUGGGAAACCGUCAUGGGCCAUGACAGUGGAUUGUAUGUGGAUGAAGAGGACCUGAUGAAUGCCAUCAAGGGUUUCAACUCUGUGACCAAGGAACACACCACAUUCACCGACACCCACUUAUAG